AUGACAUCCCCAUCCAUCGAAACAACCUCCGGUCAGCCAACGACAUCCCUGGGAGUCAGUGCUACAUCAUCUGCAUUUGGAACUACAACACUUGUGACCUCCACCCCAGGACAAACCACUGUUAUGCUUGAGAAGUCAUCUCCAACUCCAACAGCAACAACUUUAGAGUCUGUCAGGACAACAGUUACAACAGCGAUUAGUUCCUCGUCGUCUGCAGCAACCCAAGCUUCAACUCUUCUCUCUACAAGCCAAGAGGCACAAACCACAAGCUUGCCUUCAGUCACUUCAACCUCGUCAUCGCUUCCUACCAGUUCAUCAACACUUGAGUCAAGCACAGCAUCUACAACAUCCCAUAUGACAUCCACCAGCACAAAUUCAGAAACAUCUGUGACUUCGUCUCAAGGCAGAACAACCUCCCCAGGAGUUACCAUGACAUCCCCAUCCAUCGAAACAACCUCCGGUCAGCCAACGACAUCCCUGGGAGACAGUGCUACAUCAACUGCAUUUGGAACUAAAACACCCGUGACCUCCACCCCAGGACAAACCACUGUUACGCUUGAGAAGUCAUCUCCAACUCCAACAGCAACAACUAUAGAGCCUGUCAGGACAACAGUUACAACAGCGAUUAGUUCCUCGUCGUCUGCAGCAACCCAAGCUUCAACUCUUCUCUCUACAAGCCAAGAGGCACAAACCACAAGCUUGCCUUCAGUCACUUCAACCUCGUCAUCGCUUCUUACCAGUUCAUCAACACUUUUGUCAAGCACAGCACCUACAACAUCCCAUAUGACAUCCACCAGCACAAGUUCAGAAACAUCUGUGACUUCGUCCCAAGGCAGAACAACCUCCCCAGGAGUUAGCACGACAUCCCCAUCCAUCCAAACAACCUCCGGUCAGGCAACAUCCCUGGGAUGCAUCAACACUUUUGUCAAGCACAGCACCUACAACAUCCCAUAUGACAUCCACCAGCACAAGUUCAGAAACAUCAGCAACUACGUCCCAAGACAGCACAACCUCCCCAGGAGUUACCAUGACAUCCCCAUCCAUCGAAACAACCUCCGGUCAGCCAACGUCAUCCCUGGGAUCAUCGCCAACUCCAACAGCAACAACUGUACAUUCUGUCAGGACAACAGUUACAACAGCGAUUGGUUCCUCGUCGUCUGCAGCAACCCAAGCUUCAACUCUUCUCUCUACAAGCCAAGAGACACAAACCACAAGCUUGCCUUCAGUCACCUCACCCUCGUCACCGCUUCCUACCAGUGCAUCAACACUCGAGUCAAGCACAGCACCUGUGACAUCACAUAUGCAAUCCACCAGCACAAGUUCAGAAACAUCAGUGACUACAUCCCCAUCCAUUGA